AUGGCUUCCACUACUAAGCCUGCCAACCCACCAGUGGCGUUGGACACCAUCACUCAACAGAUCGGCAACACUCCUCUAGUCCGACUGAACCGUCUGCCCCGCAGCUUGGGAAUUGAUGCCACCGUCUACGCCAAAUUGGAAUACUUCAAUGCAGGAGGUAGUGUCAAGGACCGCAUUGCCUUGCGCAUGAUCGAGGAGGCCGAGAAGUCUGGCCGCAUCAAGCCUGGUGAUACUCUGAUUGAGCCCACCAGUGGCAACACUGGCAUCGGUCUCGCUCUGGUCGGCGCCGUCAAAGGCUACAAGACCAUCAUCACCCUCCCCGAAAAGAUGUCCGCCGAGAAAGUCUCCGUCCUGAAAGCCCUGAAUGCAACCAUCAUCCGGACUCCGAACGAAGCCGCCUUCGACUCCCCCGAAUCCCACAUCGGAGUCGCCAAGCGUCUGCAGAAGGAACUCCCCAAUGCGCAUAUCCUAGAUCAAUACGGCAACGAGAAUAACCCCAACGCCCACGAAUUUGGCACCGCCGAGGAAAUCUGGGCCCAGACCAACGGCGCUGUCAGUGCUGUCGUUGCGGGUGCCGGAACCGGUGGUACCAUCACCGGUAUUGCCCGCGGUCUCAAGAAGCACAACCCCAAUGUCGAUGUGAUCGCCGCCGAUCCUCUUGGUUCAAUUCUCGCCCUCCCAACCACCUUGAAUGAUGCGCAUGAAAAUGAGCCGUACAAGGUUGAGGGCAUUGGUUAUGAUUUCAUUCCUGAGGUGCUGGAUCAGAAGAUCGUUGAUCGGUGGUACAAGACUGCUGAUAAGGAGUCUUUCCAAUAUUCUCGCCGUUUGAUUGCCGAGGAGGGUCUUCUGGUUGGCGGUAGCAGUGGAAGUGCCAUUGCCGCUCUGGUGAAGGCUAACGAGGAGCGCAAGUUUGCUAAGGAUGAUGUGGUGGUUGUUGUUCUGCCGGACAGCAUUCGCAGCUACCUCACCAAGUUUGCCGACGAUGACUGGCUCGCGGCCAACGACCUCCUAACCGCCCCUCUCUCCGACACCGUCACCGAAACCCUGAAGCCCACCGAAUCCAAGGACCCUCUAUCCAACGCCAAGGUCAGCGCCCUCCGCCUGAAACCCAUCACCACCGUGACGGCCAAUUUCCCCUGCGAAGCUGCCAUCGAAAUCAUGCGCGAAAAGGGUUUCGACCAACUCCCCGUCCUCGCCCCGUCGGGCCGUAAACUCGUUGGCCUGAUCACUCUGGGUAACGUCCUCAGCCGACUUACACACGGCCGCGCUUCGGCCAAGAGCCCCGUUUCCGACGUCAUGUUUGACUUCUCCAAGAUCCCCGAAGUCGUGACUGACCCCCGUGAGGCAACCGGGCAGCAAAAGCGCCGCCAAUUCAUGGAAAUCACCAUGGACACCCCGUUGAACGUGCUGAACCGCUUCUUCGAGUGGAACUCUGCUGCUGUUGUUACUGAGAAGGGUGAGGGUGGUUCGCUCAAGCCGUUGGCUAUUGUUACCAAGGUGGAUCUUCUUUCUUGGUUGUUGCACCAGGGUAAGGCCAACGGUAAUGGUGGCAGUGCUUAA